AUGUCUCCAUCAAAUAAGGAUAUUGCUGCCCUAAUUGUUGACUUCCUAACUACGUCCGCCAAAACUGUAGGAGAGGAUUACGAAGAUUCCCUCAAAGUGGCAAUUGAUUGUAUCACUGAAGCUUUCGAACUUGGACCAGGCGAGGCUGACACAUUAGUUUCCGAAAAGUGUGGCGGAAGAAGCCUCUCUCAGUUGCUCACCACUGGCAUGGCUCACACCUCAGAUGCAGGCGAACCGAAGGUAGCCGCCGAAGAGUUGAAGAAGGAAGCUGAGGCCUUGAAACUGGAAGGUAACAGAGCUAUGGCGGCCAAAGAUUAUGAGACAGCUAUACAAAAGUAUACGGCAGCAAUUGAAGUGCUUCCUACGGAUGCUGUUUAUUACGCAAACAGAGCUGCGGCAUACUCUUCUCUACAGCAGUACGAAAAGGCGGUUGAAGAUGCCGAGAAAGCAACUAAAGUAGACUCAUCGUAUUCGAAGGGCUUUUCUCGUCUAGGGUAUGCUAAGUAUGCCCUGGGAAGGCAUGAGGAGGCACUAGAGGCGUACAAGAGGGUGUUGGAUAUUGAAGGCGACAACGCCACAGAAGCCAUGCGCAGGGACUACGAGAGCGCGAAACGGAAGGUAGAGGAAUCUAUCAACAUGGACCGCAACGCAGAAGUUACUGAGUCGGGAGACUCCGCUGCGGGCAGCGCUGGUGGUUCUGGCUUGCCUGAUCUAGCCAGUAUGUUUGGAGGCGGUGGUCUCGGCGGUGGCCUCGGUGGUGGACUUGGUGGUGGCCUCGGUGGGUUGCUCAACAACCCCCAGGUAAUGCAAGCUGCUCAGAAAAUGAUGCAAAACCCUUCUGCUAUUCAAGAAAUGAUGAGCAACCCCGCCAUUAAGAAGAUGGCUGAAAACUUUGCGUCUGGGAAUGGAUCAUCAGGGUUGGGUGAUCUCAUGGCUGACCCAGCUGUUCGCAAUAUGGCUAGUAAGUUCUUCGGUCCAAAAUAA